AUGAGUGGCGGAGUGACCGAGACCUCUGUGGGUGGUGAGGCCGCCCUGGGCGGCGGCGGCAAGAAGAGGGAUUCGCUGGGGACCUCGGGCUCAGCACAGCUCAUUAUCAAGGAUCUUGGAGAAAUUCAUUCAAGGCUUUUGGACCACAGACCAGUUAUUCAAGGUGAAACUCGUUAUUUUGUAAAAGAAUUUGAAGAAAAACGUAGUCUGCGAGAACUGCGAGUUCUUGAAAAUUUGAAGAAUAUGAUCCAUGAAACAAAUGAACAUACUCUUCCCAAAUGCAGAGAAACAAUGCAGGACAACUUGGAGGAAGUUCUCCAGAGAUUGCAAGCAGCUAAUGACGCUGUCUGUAGACUCCAACAGAGGGAACAGGAGCGGAAAAAGAUGUACAAUGAGCAUUUAAUAGCUAGUGAGAAACAGCAUGUACUCCAGUGGGAGGACUUCAUGAGAAAACAACCUCACAGACAGGCUGAAGUUGAUGAAGAACACAGAAGAGCCAUGGAGAGGCUUAAAGAACAGUAUGCCGAGAUGGAGAAGGACCUAGCAAAGUUUUCCACCUUUUAAGAACUUGAUCUACAGUACGAACAAACACAUGAGAAAACAUUGACUUCCCUCUAAAUACUCCCGUCAACCAUAUAGCCUCUGCUUCAAGCUUAGCAAUACAUUCAGUGGCACUCUGUGUCAGAAGAGAGAAACUUCUGCUGGAGCCUGAUAAGAUGUUCACUGGAAGAGUGCCAUACCAUUCCUGUUUUAAGUGCCUAAAUAAGAUCAUUUGAAUGAGGACAAGGAAAAAUGGUUAAUGAGAAUUGUUCUUCUUUUCCAAUAAUUAGCUCAGAGAAAUGUAAGCAUAGACUUCUUAAAAAUAUAACUUAAUUCGUUCUCAUACAGGUUUAAUAUUAGAUGAUUAUCGUGGCUUAUAAGGCAGGUAUGGUAACAGCCUUUUGUUGCCUGCCUGGGUGUGAGAGAUAAGAAUGCAUAAAGUAUUAUUCCAUGAGCAGUGUAAACAAACAAACAAAACCCAGCUGGCCUCAGAGCACAGAGCACAUUUAAGAGGCCUAGGAGUCAAAACAUUGUCUUUCCUAGGACAAAGAUGGCCAUGGUGGUCUUUGAAUGCCUCUUGGGCAAGCUCACAGAUUUUGCAGUACAGUACAAUGCUGUUUCACUAGAUGACAAGACAUACGUGUUAAGUUUAGUGACCUUAAGCCCUUAAUAUUUUCAUCUUUUAAAAAUGUUUAGGGGGAAAAGCUUACCAAAAACAUUUCUGACUUUCAGCCUUUCCCAGAACCAUAAUCUUGCCUGUAGUAUUUACCUCAUUUUUGUGUCUGUUUGCUGUGGGUAAGCUUUAAGGUAAAUGUCUCUACAUGUUUCAGCUGUCUAAUGAGUAAUCAACAAAAUCUGCCAAGGACUCCCUCUGGAGCCAUAUAAAGAUUCUGACUCCAAAUGAACCAGAAGUAUUUGCCCAUGUGGCAAAUGAUCCGUGUUAAAUGUAAAUCCUUUUCAGUGUUAACGUCUGUUCUCAUAAGCAGGUGUAUUAUGAUGAAACAGUACCAAAUUCUGUCAGCACUGUGAUCUUUAAAAAUCCACAUUUAACAAUCUAAUUGAAGAAGUAAGUUGAUUUUUUUUUUUUGCCAUAAACUAAGCAAAAGUGCAUGCUGUAAUUUCAAGAGAUUUAUGGCCAAUGAAUCUGAGGUGUGGAUAAAUCUUUCUAAUAUUUUUUAUUGCUCUUCAGUAAAGAAAGCCACAAGAAGGAAACUAUCCAACUCUCUUAUGUUAUCUCAGUGUUGCAACUGCAGAAAAUUGACAAUGCUUGCCUGUGUAAAUUUAUGGCUUACUGUCAAAGCUUCAUUCUUGGCUGCAUGUUGAAAAUGUGAUUAAAGUUAAUAGAGGAGAUGAAAUAAGUAUUUGAGAUUUCUUUCAGUAACGCUGAGCUUUGGCCAGCUUCUCUGUCUGCUACUGUAGUCUUGACAGGCUCAUCAAUCAUUCUCUGGUACCUGGACUAAGAAGAGCCCUGGCUGACACUGAGGCAUGUUGGAAUUUUCUUAAUUCUCUCUCAGUGGAUGGAAAAAAUACUUCCAAAAAUAUCCCACACAUGAAAAGGGAGGGGAGCUGUGAGUGAACAUUCCCUUUGUAUCAUAGGCACUUUUUGGAAUGCUAUUAAUUGCCACCACACCAUAGAACUCAUGCUGUGACCAACAAACGAGGACUAUAUGUCUGAGUGGGAACGUGCUCUGUGGUCACUCAGAUCAUGC